UCCUUGUAUUUUCCAUCUCACUCCCCUCCCGAACCCCAGCAACAUGAGUGGCAGAAUACACCCUUCAGACGCAGGCCGCGGCGGCCGUGCUCGCCGCGCUGCGCCGGCGCCGGCAGAUCGCCCGGAAGCGUACACGGUCUGGAAGAGAUCCAGCAUCGGUUUCCAGGGGACAGACGGCUUCUCCGUCUACGAUGGCGGGGGUAGGCUGGUCUUCCGCGUCGACAACUACUCACGGCGGCGAAAGCUCUGCGCCGGCGAGCUGCUGCUCAUGGAUGGACAAGGCACGCCUCUUCUGUCCCUCAGGCCACAGCUUUUCAGCCUGCACGACCGAUGGAACUGCUACACAGCAAUGGAAGAAGGCCUCGACAAGAAGAAGCAGUCUCCCAUGUCACAACAACAACGCUUCACAAUGAGCAAGUGCUCCGCUCUGCAAAGCAGCGAUGAGGCAGAGGUCUACAUGACAACAUCAGCUGGCGCAGCUGCAUCAGGCCAUGGCUGCCAGCACCUGCAAGCUGCUCCCAGCUUCCGAAUCGAGGGCUCCUUCUCGAGGAGAAGCUGCAAGAUCCGCAGAAGCGACGGCAAGGAGGCGGCAAGGAUAUCGAGGAAGAACGCCGGCGUGGCAUCCAGACCGGUGACGAAGCUCGGAGACGACGUGUUCAGCCUCGUCGUCCGGCCGGGCGUCGACGCUGCGACGAUCAUGGCUAUCGUCGUUGUCAUGGACAGGAUUUGUCCCAAACCGUACACGCCAAUGGUGUGUUCUUCACAGUAGCCGUACAGUUCAGUGAGAAUGUGAGAUAGAGGGCAGUGUAAACCGUACUAGUAGCAGCAGCAGCAGUAGCAGAGAUGCAACCCAAAACUGCUUAGCAACAGUCGGCAGAGAUGCAACCCAAAACUGCUUAGUAACAGUCGGACAAGUGAGUAAUGUUGGGGUGAACCAAAAAAGUUUAACCCAUUUUGUGU